AGGUUAGAGGGCUGGAGUACAGAAUCCCUGGCCGUGAAGGGGGACCUUUGCAGCCCAGUGGAGGGCAAACGACGUCCCCUCUCAGAGACAUGGAUUUAAGUGCUAUUACAAAACACUCAGCGUUACAUGCCAAGCCCCGUGGACUCCUCCUUCAAUAUGGGACUGCUGGAUUUCGAAUGAAGGCAGAACAUCUUGAUCAUAUCAUGUUUCGCAUGGGAUUAUUAGCUGUCCUGAGGUCAAAACAGACAAAAUCCACGAUAGGAGUCAUGGUCACAGCAUCACACAAUCCUGAGGAAGACAAUGGUGUGAAAUUGGUGGAUCCUUUGGGUGAAAUGUUGGCGCCAUCGUGGGAGGAACAUGCUACUUAUUUGGCAAAUGCAGAGGAAGAAGAUAUGCAGAGAGUGCUUAUUGAUAUCAGUGAGAAAGAAGCUGUGGAUCUGCAACAAGAUGCUUUCGUAGUUAUUGGUAGAGAUACCAGGCCCAGCAGUGAGAAAUUUUCACAAUCUGUGAUAGAUGGCGUGACUGUUCUAGGAGGUCAAGUCCAUGAUUAUGGAUUGUUAACAACACCCCAGCUGCACUACAUGGUAUGUUGUCGAAAUACCAGUGGCCAGUAUGGAAUGGCAACCAUAGAAGGUUACUACCAGAAACUCUCCAGGGCUUUUGUGGAACUUACCAAACAGGCUUCCUGCAGUGGGGAUGAAUAUAGAUCACUUAAGGUUGACUGUGCAAAUGGCAUAGGGGCUUUGAAACUGAAAGAAAUGGAACACUACUUCUCACAGGGACUGUCAGUUCAACUCUUUAAUGAUGGGACCAAAGGGAAGCUCAAUCAUUUAUGUGGGGCUGACUUUGUAAAAAGUCAUCAGAAACCUCCACAGGGAAUGGAAAUAAAGUUCAAUGAAAGAUGCUGUUCCUUUGAUGGAGAUGCAGACAGAAUUGUGUAUUACUACUGUGAUGCUGAUGGUCAUUUUCAUCUCAUAGAUGGAGACAAGAUAGCAACAUUAAUUAGCAGCUUCCUUAAAGAGCUCCUGUUGGAGAUUGGAGAAAAUUUGAAUGUUGGGGUUGUACAAACUGCAUACGCAAAUGGAAGUUCAACACGCUAUCUUGAAGAAGUUAUGAAGGUACCAGUUUACUGCACUAAAACCGGUGUAAAACAUUUGCACCACAAGGCUCAAGAGUUUGACAUUGGAGUUUAUUUUGAAGCAAAUGGGCAUGGAACAGCGCUGUUUAGUAAAGCUGUUGAAGACAAGAUAAACCAACUUGCAAGAGAAUUAGAAGAUAAGAAAGGAAAAGCUGCUAAGAUUCUUAGAAAUAUCAUUGACUUGUUUAACCAGGCAGCUGGUGAUGCUAUUGCUGACAUGCUGGUGAUUGAGGCAAUCCUGGCUUUAAAGAACCUGACUAUAGAACAGUGGGAUGCUCUCUAUACUGACCUUCCGAAUAGACAACUCAAAGUUAAGGUUGCUGACAGGAAAGUUAUUAGCACCACAGAUGCUGAAAGACAAGCAGUUACACCACCUGGACUACAGGAGGCAAUUAAUGACCUGGUAAAGAAGUACAGGCUCUCUAGAGCGUUUGUCCGGCCCUCUGGUACAGAAGAUGUCAUCCGAGUGUAUGCAGAAGCAGAUUCACAAGAAAGUGCUGAUAGCCUCGCGCAUGAAGUGAGCUUGGCAGUGUUUGAUCUGGCUGGAGGAAUUGGAGAAAGACCUCAACCAGUAAAGCAUUCUAACUUUGAAGGAUAGUAACUGACUUCAAAAUACUGUGAGAUGCAUUAUCACGUUGAACGAAAGCAAGAGUAUGACAUACUGAUUAACACAAGAGGCAUCCAUCUGAAAAAAACUGGGAUCCAUGAAGAGGUCAAAGGCUUCUUUUUUCCAAGCUCUCCGUGUAUACUGAUACCCGCUAAGACUGCUGAGCAGCUGGACACAGGCUCGAUAACUAGGUGCAUUAUGUGCACUAUAAGAAAGAAAGACUAUCUUAAUCUCUGUUUUAAUUUUAAUCAUAUUAAAUUAUGUAAUUGCUCACAUUUACCCAAGCCAAUAAUGACAUAAGGACACAAAAUUGCACCAUAAGAAAAAAAUACAUUAAUAAAAAUUUUAACUGUAUAAUAA